AAGGCGCUCUAUGCCAGCGCUAGGCCAGUCCUUUAUUUCACUUCACUCUUGAGGUCGUUCGGUCACGGUUUAAAGUUGUGCCUCGUGGCGACGGAGAGGUACCGACGAGCAGUGGCGAGGCGUGGGGCAGAGACGGUGCUGACGACUCGUUCAGCGGACCUCGCCGUUCACUGUUGAAUUACACCAGCUCCGAGUUCCUUCGAUCCGUCUCUCUUCACCGAGGUCCACGACGCCACAUGGAACACACCGUGGUCUCGCUUCUGUUCGCCCUGACGACGGCGGUCAUCGUUUUUGCUGCGGCAGCCGUGUAUUUGCUGCGAAGGAUCUACAGGGUCCGUGACUUGGGAUACCGCGGCGUGCGCCCCAGGGGGAGCAAGUGGAUGAUGCCCAAACGUGGGCGGAGCGUGCAUCUGAAGAUAUAUCCAAUAACCAGCCCAGUGAAAUUGGUGGAUUUUGAGAGGUACUACACAAUAAUGUCCCGUGACUCCGGGUAUCUCUUCUCGCUUCAGUUCGAGGUUUUGAAUACAAUGGAUCACUACUUCCUGCACUCGGAUGCAUGCCUUCCAGAGAACAAGCACAAGAAUCGCUAUGACAACAUCCUCCCGCGGAACUAUGGGCGAGUGAGGCUGAAGCCCGUGGCUGGAGUCCCAGGGUCAGACUACAUCAACGCGGAGUUCAUCCCGGGUGUCCACGGUCCCAAAAGCUACAUCGCCACCCAGGGCCCCCUGCCCGAGACGCAGGGAGACUUCUGGCGAAUGCUGUGGGAGCAUCGCGUGCGUCUGGUUGUCAUGCUCACGCAGUGCGUGGAGCGCAUGCAGACCAAGUGCUCUCGGUACUGGCCGGAGAAGCUGGGCUCCGAGGAGCAUCACGGCGCCGUGAGCGUGCGCGCCCUGGGACUGGCCAAGCGGGGCUGCUGGGAACUCCGCACCUUCCUACUCCGCUCGCUCGUGAACGAGCAGCCCGAGUCUCGUGUGCUGUGGCACUACCACUUCACGGCGUGGCCAGACAAGGGGGUGCCGCUGGAGGAGCACACCGGCGGUCUCGUCGACUUUGCCCGGGAAGUGCGGAAGAAGUCGGCCACUUGGAAGGCGCCGAUAGUCGUGCACUGCAGCGCCGGGGUCGGCCGUACGGGCACGUUCAUCGCACUGGACCGCGUCCUGCACGGCCUGCAGACCACGUUCCCCGGUGCCGCGGCCGUUCCGGAUGAGUGCUCGCCCGAGGGCCCCGUGCGAGCCCAAGCCGCCGUCGACCUUCUCGCGCUGGUGGCCGAGCUGAGGCGGAGCCGCGUCAACAUGGUGCAGACCGAGGAGCAAUUCGUCUUCCUGCACCGUUGCAUAUUGUACAUUUGCAGGCAUCUGCUCAAUCGACAACAACGGGAUACCGACAUCUGUGCCUCAGGUACAGCCACCCUCGAGGCAAGAGCAGAAGACGUGGAGGGUGCCAUCCCUCUCAAGGAGCUUGUGACCGACUCAUAAUUAUUGUUCGUGCUGCACUUUGACACGAGUUAGGUUUCCAUAAUUGUUUAUUAUGAAUGUACUGUAUAUACAUUCAAUGGAUUACAAACCUUACUCAACUGUAAAUUGACUCCACUAAAAGACAAUAUUUGAGAUGUAAUAUAAUAAAAUAUAUUAUUUGGUGGCACUGCGUUGGCAGUGGUGCAAUAGCAUAAAUAACAAUAAUGUUUAACACGUGUGUUAAUAACACUGACCUUUAAAGGAAAAUAUAUAACGGAUAUUGCCUUGAGCAAUCGCACUUGCUAUUGAAGGGCCAUGUUCUGAAACGUUGCCUAUUAUCCAUUUUCCUUUUAAGACCAACAUAUUGUUGGCAAGUGUUUAGGUUUUUUUUUUUUGUAAUAAAAUAGGUUGUCCAAAAGAAUUGCAAAGUAAAGUACAGUUUUUAACGUUUUUCAACGCAUGAGGAUAAGCUAAUUUUAUUUUUUGAACAUUAACCCACACAAAUACUGCGUUGAGUCUAUUUCUCAAUGGACCUUCGGUAUUAAAAAAGUGAACGUAAGCAAGUGAAAACUGUAAUUGUGUGCAAAUGUAUAAAACUGUUAAAAUAGCACAGUAAAAAUAAAUCGAUAGAGAAUACUAAAAUAUGCAAACUAUGUAAUGUGCAAAGAAAUACAACUGAAAAAAAUGAAUUUAAUAAUUAAAAACAAUACAAACUAAAUACUUUAUUUACUGUAUUUCGGUAAAUUAAACGGUGUAAAAAAAAUCUGCCACUGCUGCUUCGUGUCCAACAAUCUGGCUACGCAUUCAGGUGAUACAUCCAUUUUUGCGAGGUCACGAGACGCACGCUUUGAUCGACUCGAUGGCACGCAGGAUCCAGACUUAGGGCCACAAUAGAGUAAGUAAGGUAGUGAGGGGUCCAAUUGAAAAAACAUAUAUAUAUAAAUUUGGCCAAUCCAUGAAGCAAACGUGCUGCCAAUUUGCUGUGAUGCAUGGGUGUGGUUCAACCUGGCAGCCGAUUUGAAAAGCCACGAGAGCGGGCGUAAUGCACGUUUACAAACACACUUUCUGGUCUUGUCCGACAAUUGCUGAGCUCUAUGAACAUAUAGUCGGGGUAUUCAAUACAAUUAACAAUGCAUCUGUAAAAAUAAGUGUGGAAACUACCCUGUGGAGCUUAAGAGAAAUGGGGCUGACUCGAGAACAGAACGUUGUGUUAAGGACUUUCAAUAUAGCGGUCAGGAAACCCCUCGUGAGUACGUGCAAGAAUGACGAACCCCCUCUCCCCUACUUGAUGGCUGAAUUAGUUAGACACAUACUCAGCACUGGAGCAUCUGAGCAAUAAGCUCAGAGUCAAGGAAGAAGAAUGCACACGUGCAUAGGAUACAUUUCUAAACCUUAGACCAGUCUUAAAUACCUGAGCCCAGAACGGCAAUGACCUCCCUCCCCAAACAAAAUCCCUUCCUACCCCCCGCCUGCUCUGAUGAGUCUGGUGUGCCUGAUACUGUCGAUGUCCAUGGUAACGCCGUCCAGAACGUGAGGAUGUUGCAAUGUAUGAUGUGAGGGAGGAUGUGGAAUAAACAAAACAUAUUUUAUGGAAGAAAAAAAAAUUACGGAAUGACCAAUAACACAUCUUCCACAAGCUUCCUGAUGUCCUGAUGUUGAGCGCCACCCACAUACCGAUCAAACUCUGAUCCACCUCACACGUGACUACGUUCCUGCAUAUGCUAAUUAUAGUAAAUACUCUUAGGUUUUGUCGGUAAAGUCACUUAGG